CGGAAAUGGGAACCCCUUCUUGUUCGUUCUGAUUCUGUAAUCUUAAAAAAAGGGUGUAAGAGGAGAAAACUCAUUCCGCGCGUAUGAAGUUUCUUUUUAAUAAUUUUUCCUAAUUUGGCACGAGUGAAAAAAAGCCUAAUUUACAAAAAGUGGGAAAAUCACAUUUUUCUCUUUGUUUGGGUCAUUUAUCCGGCGAAACUCCAAAAAGAGAGGCCAUCCGUACCCCAACGGGGGAGUGAGUGCGUGUACUCUGGUAGCUGAAGCUGUGUGGAUUCGACUCGAUUAGGUUCUUUCUUUCCCCACACUCAUUUUCCCAUUUUCCUCUUCAAAAACUCAUGAUUUCCUUCGUUUUUGGUUCUCAAUCUUUGCUGAAAUAAGCUCAAACUGAUUUUUGUAGUGACCGAUGAUCAGCUUUCAGUGUGAGUAUUCUCGAUUCUUUCCAUUUCCAGAACUUCUUCUUUAUUUUCUUAUGUUCAUUAAACCUUGAUGCUGACCGUGUGAGUACUCUGAGCGGCUAGGUAUUUUGUACACACUUUUUAUUGUGGAUAUGUUAGAUAAUAUAAUAAUAUUAAAUUUGUUUUCACCCAUCAACUUAAACAUUUGGGUCAAUCGAUGAUUUUAAGAGGACGAUUGUUGAACUUGUUUGAUUUCUGAUCUUUUGAAUUAUUAUAUGCUAUCUAGAAUUCAAUGUAAAGAAGCUGAAGAGCAAAUGUACAGAGCUGAGAAAACUGCAGCUUGAAGCUUUCAAAGCAGCUGCAGCUAUGGGAGUGAUCAGAAUUUGAGGUUGAUAAGGAAGUGGCUGCAGCAGUAAAAACAGCAUUGGUUAGGCUUGCAAGUUGCUCUUCUUUAAGAGAAGAUGACUUUAAAGAACUCUUAAGAAAAAUCUCUCAGAACCCAGAUUGUGAUACUAAUGUAGACCCAUCUGAGAUUUCUUCUGAAUGUGAAUCAGAAAAUGGCUCAGAACUUGAUCAAACGCCUCGAAAAUCUGAUUUCAGCUCUCACAAUUUGGAUUGCAAGAUGCUGGAUUUACAUAUGAGACACAGAACUUUUGAGAAAGAGACCAAGAUUGAGGACUUGAUGUAUGAAAGGCUUAGGCGUUUAAAAGAAGAUGAACUUUCCUCUCUUGCCACCAUAGUUGCAGCUUGUGGUUUAAAUGCUGCUUUGGCUGAGGUAGAAAGUGGGAAGCUUCAUGAUUUUCACAAUGGAAGGAAGCAAGUUGAGUCGGAACUUCCCAGCCUAGAUAAGUUGUUGGUGAAGCAUGUAACUAAAUUGGAAAGAGAAGUGCUUGAAGCAAAGAAUAGCAGAAAGAACAAAGAAAAGGAUUGGCUAAAUCUGCAUCACAAAACCUUCCAAAAUUGAACAGCAUUCAGGAUGAGAGAGUUGUUCCCAGCUUGGAAACUAUGCAAACAACGGCACCUUCAGAGCUUGAGAAGGAAGUUAAUGAGACUAAAUGCAAAGAGUUAGAAGAAUUCAAGACCUGUAGCAAGAAGUUGCAGGCAAGGCAAAGAUUUGUUAGUCAUAAAGAAGUUGUAUCAGCAAUUCCUAGUCUUCAUAAGUAUCUUGUGAAACACGUCUCACUGCUCGAAAAAGAAGUACAAGAAGCAAAAAACAGAAGAAAAGUGGAGCUGCAUGAAGAACCAUCGAUGGAAACAGAGGGAAAGGAAAAAUGUUAAUAUGCCAAAGUCUUCAUCGAGGAUGGGAAGGGACAUGGAAGACAGCUUAGAAAAGAUCUUAGUGAAGCCGGUGCACAGGCUGGAAAGGGAAAAGAUGGUCGCUGUGUUAGCUGAAAGUAACUACAAUAACCAAAGACAAAAUAAGAAGAAACAGAUGGACAACCAUACAUCAGAUUGCCAAAGCUUGGAUGAAAUUUUAGUGAAGCAUGUCUCAAGACUUGAGAAAGAGAAAAUGAGAAGCAAACUAGAGAACAACCUAAAGAGAAGUGAAAAAGAUGUGCAUUCAGCGAUCAAUGGAGGAGGAGAUGGUGGUGGGGGUUUAGGUGAGAUUCUGGUUAAACAUAAAUCAAGACUCGAGAGAGAAAAGCCGAUGUCUUCUCAGGAGUCAGAAAAUCAGAACAAAAGUUUUCGAACACGUCGUGAAGCUAGAGAGAAAGAUGACCUACAGUCAGGUUGGGGAGGCUUAAGUUUGGGAGAUUCCAUGAGACCUCAUCUCUCCAAACUUAACGAGACAAGGCUGCCUGGAUCAAAGCUGAAGAGGAGGAAAGGAAACAAGUUAUGAACGAAGUGUAAUCUUUUCCUCCAUUGGAGGAAGUAAAUGUUGUACAUUACAAAUCAACUGUUCUGUUACAUUCUGCAUUGACAGUAAUGUCUGUACUGAAUGAUAUCUUCAUUUCCAUUUAUGAUAGCAUUUUUCUAUUCUGCA